CACGUGGUUAUCUAAGUCGUUGACUAUCAGUAUCAACAGGGAUUGAGUGAAAGAAAUGGCACUGCCAAAACUGUCGUUUAUUCCUAAUAUUGAAAAAUUGUCAGAGAGGGUUAUUAGAAUUUUAGGAUGCAACUCAAAUCCAAUGACACUCCAGGGAACGAAUACUUAUUUAGUCGGAACUGGGGACAGAAGAAUCUUAAUUGACACUGGUGAUCCAAAUGUUCCUAACUACAUCCAAAAUCUCCAGAGUGUUUUACGUGACUUCCAGCUUAAAAUCCAGGAAAUAAUCUUGACCCACUGGCACUUAGAUCAUGUAGGGGGAACUGUUGAUGUCUGCAGGGAUGUAACAAAGUCCAAUCAGACCAGAGUAUCAAAGUUCAGAAGGCCCCCAGAGAAGACUGAGGUCGACUUGGGAACCAUUCCCUGUCAUUUUGUAGAAGAUAACCAUGUGUUCAAAACUGAAGGAGCAACUCUAAGGACUAUAUUUACCCCGGGUCACACAGAUGACCAUAUCUGUUUGUUUUUAGAAGAGGACAAGGUUCUGUUUUCAGGAGACACAGUCCUAGGAGAAGCUACAGCGGUAUUUGAUGACCUCCACACAUACAUGGCCUCAUUACAAAAAAUGGCAGAGCUUAAUCCAUCGGUGAUCUAUCCAUCUCAUGGACCGGUUGUGGAAAACCCAGUAGAAAAAAUACAGUUCUAUAUCAACCAUCGUCUACAGAGAGAGAAUCAAAUCAUUCAGUUUUUGGAAUCAAAACCCACAUCAUCUUUCACACCUCUGGAAAUU